CGCGUCCCCUCUCCCCCGCCCCUCCUGGAGUCGGAGUGCUGUUUUUGUUGUUGGUGAAAGGUGAGGGAACAGCUGAUCGCCUGUGGGGAGAGCAGAUAUCUUGAGGGCAGGAUGGAAGAAUCAUCACUAAGCCGGACACUGUCCCGGGGAGGAGUCAACUUUCUGAAUGUUGCCCGGACCUACAUCCCCAACACCAAGGUGGAAUGUCACUAUACCCUCCCACCAGGCACCAUGCCCAGUGCCAGUGACUGGAUUGGCAUUUUCAAGGUCGAGGCUGCCUGUGUUCGGGAUUACCACACGUUUGUGUGGUCUUCAGUGCCUGAUAGUACCACUGAUGGUUCUCCUAUCCACGCCAGUGUUCAAUUCCAAGCCAGUUACCUGCCCAAACCAGGAGCACAGCUCUACCAGUUCCGAUAUGUGAACCGCCAGGGCCGGGUGUGUGGUCAGAGCCCUCCUUUCCAGUUCCGAGAGCCAAGGCCCAUGGAUGAGCUGGUGACCCUGGAGGAGGCUGAUGGAGGCUCUGACAUCCUGCUGGUUGUCCCCAAGGCCACCGUGCUUCAAAACCAACUGGAUGAGAGCCAGCAAGAACGGAAUGACCUGAUGCAGCUGAAGUUGCAGCUGGAGGGGCAGGUGGCAGAGCUGAGGAGCAGAGUGCAAGAGCUUGACACAGCUUUGGUGACUGCCAGGCAGAAUCAUGCAGAGCUGACAGAGCAGUACAAGGGGCUUUCCCGGUCCCAUGGGGAGCUCACAGAAGAGAGGGACAUCCUGAGCCGCCAACAGGGAGACCAUGUGGCACGCAUCCUAGAGCUGGAAGAUGACAUUCAGACCAUCAGUGAGAAAGUGCUGACAAAGGAGGUGGAGCUGGACAGGGUUAGAGACGCAGUUAAGGCCCUGACUCGGGAACAAGAGAAGCUCCUGGGGCAGCUGAAGGAAGUCCAAGCAGACAAGGAGCAAAACGAGGCUGAGCUCCAAAUGGCACAACAGGAGAACCACCGCUUAAAUGUGGAGCUGCAGGAGGCCAAGGGUCAGCAAGAAGAGCAGAGUGCUCAGGCCCAGAGACUGAAGGACAAGUUGGCCCAGAUGAAGGAUACCUUAGGCCAGGCCCAGCAGCGAGUGGCUGAGCUGGAACCCCUGAAGGAGCAGCUUCGAGGAGCCCAGGAGCUUGCAGCCUCAAGCCAGCAGAAGGCUGCCCUUCUUGGGGAGGAGUUGGCCAGUGCAGCAGGAGCCAGGGACCGCACCAUAGCGGAAUUACACCGCAGCCGCCUGGAAGUGGCUGAAGUCACCGGCAGGCUGGCUGAGCUCAGUCUGCACCUGAAGGAGGAAAAAUGCCAGUGGAACAAGGAGCGGGCAGGGUUGCUGCAGAGUGUGGAGGCAGAGAAGGACAAGAUCCUGAAGCUUAGUGCAGAGAUCCUUCGGCUGGAAAAGGCAGUUCAGGAGGAGAGGACCCAGAACCAAGUGUUCAAGACUGAACUGGCCCGGGAAAAGGAUUCUAGCCUGGUGCAGUUGUCAGAGAGUAAGCGCGAGUUGACAGAGCUGCGGUCCGCCCUGCGUGUGCUCCAGAAAGAAAAAGAGCAGUUGCAGGUAGAAAAGCAGGAACUGCUAGAGUACAUGAGAAAGCUGGAGGCCCGCCUGGAGAAGGUGGCAGAUGAGAAGUGGAAUGAGGAUGCUGCCACAGAGGACGAGGAGACCACUGCGGGGCUGAGCUGCCCAGCGCCUCUCACAGACUCAGAGGAUGAGUCCCCAGAAGACAUGAGGCUCCCGCCCUAUGGCCUGUGUGAGCGUGGAGACCCAAGCUCUUCUCCUGCUGGGCCCCGAGAGGCUUCUCCCCUGGUUGUCAUCAGCCAGCCGGCUCCCAUUGCUCCCCACCUCUCAGGGCCAGCUGAGGACAGUAGCUCUGACUCGGAGGCUGAGGACGAAAAAUCAGUCCUGAUGGCCGCUGUGCAGAGUGGGGGUGAGGAGGCCAACCUGCUGCUUCCUGAACUGGGCAGUGCCUUCUAUGACAUGGCCAGCACCAUCUUCCGAGGAGCCCAAAUUGCCCUGCAUCCCCUCUCUCCUGCCCCUACCCCUUCCCCAACCACCAGUGGCUUUACUGUGGGUCCCCUGUCAGAGGCCAGCACCGGGGGCCCUGCCACCCCCCCAUGGAAGGAGUGCCCUAUCUGUAAGGAGCGCUUCCCUGCUGAGAGUGACAAGGAUGCCCUGGAGGACCACAUGGAUGGACACUUCUUUUUCAGCACCCAGGACCCUUUCACCUUUGAGUGAUUCCCCCCUCUCUAGUAUAUGCACAGAUAUACACUUACACACACAUGCACACACUCAUGCACAGACAUACACUUGGUUCUCAUACCUGUUUUCCAUCACACCAGGUUCCAUAAUAUUCUGCUCCUAUGUGCCCUGUUUUCAUCCCAAGCUUUCUAACUUCGUCCUCUCCCGCCUGGCCCUUUUGUCCCAGGCAGGGGUCCUUCUUGGAAGCAGUGGCUGCAUUUAUCCCCUGAAAGCGGUUUUAGAGGAACCAGGAUGGAGAAGACCUUCCCCUCUGGGAAUAGAAUUGUCCACUGCUAGCCCCGGAGGCUUCUGGUAUCUAGAGCCACCACACACAGGCUCCUACACACUCCCCUCUCUGUUGCCCCAAAGCCAGUUCCUGGGGCGCCACACUUUCUCUUAUUUGGGGCUUAUGUUUGUUUACCUGAGUUUUCUCUGGGGCCUGUAUAGAGGCAGCAGUGUGGACAUCAUGACCUCUUUGGGUCUCAGCUUCAGUGGUUCCUCUUUCUGUUCCCCGCUUGACUUCCACACCCCAUCCCAGCCUUUCCCAUAGCCUUAGAUAUUAAGUUUGGAGGUUCAUUUUGUAUUUUUAAGGAUUCCUGUCUGUCUCCUGCCACCCCCAACCCCCCACAUACACCCAUAUCUUUACAUGGAAAGAAAUAAUGUAUUUGUGCCUUCUGUGAGGGAUGGGGGAACAAGUGAUUUCAGGUGUCCUCAUUUCCUGGCCUCUCCUCCUUCUCAAGGUCCCCCACAGCAAUAAAAACUUCCUCCUCCCGCCAUAUCCCUCCCCUCUUAUAUGUAGUUUGGACAAAUAUAUUUAUAUGAUAUGUG